GACACCCACUACCACCACCCCCUUGUGAGUAGGAGGCAGCAGCCCUGGCAUGCAGCUCUGUCUAGUAGCCUGGCCUCUGAUUCUGCUGUUCAGGAGGCCCCCAGGCCUGCUGGUGACCCCAGACCUCCACGCUGUGGUGUACCUGACCCACCUGAUGGGCUGAGUGCCCGCAACCGGCAGAAGCGCUUCGUGCUGUCUGGCGGGCACUGGGAGAAGACAGACCUCACCUACAGAAUCCUCCGGUUCCCAUGGCAGCUGGUGCGGGAGCAGGUACGGAAGACGAUGGCAAAGGCCCUACAGGUAUGGAGCGAGGUGACACCACUCACCUUCACUGAGGUGCACGAGGGCCGUGCUGACAUCAUGAUCGACUUCACCAGGUACUGGCAUGGGGACAACCUGCCUUUUGAUGGGCCUGGGGGCAUCCUAGCUCACGCCUUCUUCCCCAAGACCCACCGAGAAGGGGACGUCCACUUCGACUAUGAUGAGACCUGGACUAUUGGGGACAACCAGGGCACAGACCUGCUGCAGGUGGCAGCUCAUGAAUUUGGCCAUGUACUGGGGCUGCAACACACAACAGCAGCUAAGGCCCUCAUGUCCCCUUUCUACACCUUCCGCUACCCGCUGAGUCUCAGCCCAGAUGACCGCAGGGGCAUCCAGCACCUGUACGGCCGGCCGCGGCUGGCCCCCACCUCCCACGCCCCAGCCCUGGGACCCCAAGGUGCAAUAGACACCAACGAGAUUGCACCACUGGAGCCGGAAACUCCACCAGAUGCCUGUGAGGCCUCCUUUGAUGCCGUCUCCACCAUCCGGGGCGAGCUCUUCUUCUUCAAGGCCGGCUUUGUGUGGCGGCUCCGUGGUGGCCGGUUACAGCCCGGGUACCCUGCACUGGCCUCUCGCCACUGGCAGGGACUGCCCAGUCCUGUGGAUGCAGCCUUUGAGGAUGCCCAGGGCCACAUUUGGUUUUUCCAAGCCUUCACUCUCUGGCAGGUGCUCAGUACUGGGUGUACGAUGGUGAGAAACCAGUCCUGGGCCCUGCACCCCUCUCUGAGCUGGGCCUGGUGGAGACUCCAGUCCACGCUGCCUUGGUUUGGGGUUCUGAGAAGAACAAGAUCUACUUCUUCCGAGGCGGGGACUAUUGGCGUUUCCACCCCAGCACCCAACGUGUGGACAGUCCUGUGCCCCGCCGAGCCACUGACUGGCGAGGGGUGCCCCCUGAGAUUGAUGCUGCCUUCCAGGAUGCUGACGGCUAUGCUUACUUCCUGCGUGGCCACCUCUACUGGAAGUUUGACCCUGUGAAGGUGAAGGUUCUGGAGGGUUUCCCCCGUCUUGUGGGCCCUGACUUCUUUGGCUGUGCUGAACCUGCCAAUACUUUCCACUGACCACAGCUUGGAUACCUUCAGGGACUCUGACCCCUGUCCGGCCACUUGUAUCAGGAUAGAGACCCACAGAAACCUUUGUGGCUCUGGAAUCGGCAUGGGACAGAGCCUUUGUCUCUUCUGUGGGGGUGCGGGGUAGGAGUGGGGGUGGGAGGUGGGUGAGGGGUGGUGGGGGUACAAUCACCAUGACAACUGCAGGGAGGGCCAUGCGGGUCAUGGUCACCUGCCAGCAAAUGUUUCAGAUUGGGCAGGGAGGCUAUGGCAUUACUUAAAGGAGAGUGGUCUUGGGCCAGCUAUACCCACCUGUGCAGGUCAUGGCUAAACCUGGGUCUCCAUCACUGUGCCUCAGGGUAGGACCUCAGCAGAGAUGGGGAACUGCAAUGUCCUCACUCUAUCCCUGCUUUGAGGUUCCUUUGGGUACUGGUACUAGAGCUGGGGUGCCAGGGUCCCCAUGACCUUCUGCUCUGGCCAAGCAACUGGGCCUCCAGGAAGGGUCCUUUCCUGAGAUGUCAACUCUGGGUAGAUGCUUGAAUCUGGAUCACCUUCUGCCUGGUGAUCCUAGAGAUCUCUUCCCCAGGGUUCUGGCCAAAAUGUCCACAGCCAGCUGGGGUAAGGUCUGCUUCCCCCUGGAGACCCUGAGGCCUGCAGGCCUCAACAUACCUCAGUCUUGUCCAGGCCAUUUCCUCCUGAAGCCCUCAUUCUAGCACUGGUAUCCUCCAAAGCAAUGUAAAUGUGUGUACAGUGUACAAAACAAAGCCUUUUUUUUUUUUUUAAAGCUGAGGAGUAUCAUUAAACACAAUUGUUUUCUA